UUUCUUUUUUGGGAUGUAGAUUGGUUGCAAAUUUAGUUUGAUUUAUGUUCAAAUUGGUGAAACUUUGGACCUAACUUGGAAUCAAUUCUGGUUAAAGUUGGUUUGGCUCGGUUGCAAUUUAGCUUGGUCGAAUAUCAUUUCAGUUGGAAACUCUGUUGGUUAUUUUUCGGAUUACAAACUAUCAAGCUGUGGCUUCAAUUCAGAUUGGAAAAUUCAGAUUUUUGAUAAAAAUUCGAUUAUGAUCAAACUAUCAGCUUACGCCUUAUUAUCCAAAAUUUACCAACUAACUAAUGGAAUUGUCUUUUCUCCACUUGUAAAUGUAAAAUGAUACAUGUACUUUCUUUAUUUUAAACUGAUGAUCAAGACAGGAGGACAUGGUUAAUUACUAUUAGACAAGCCAAAUUCUCCAUCUGAUCCUUUUUUGUUAUCUUCCUUAUCUCACCACCACACAUUUAAUGGAAGAAUUUUAAAGGAAAUCCUUCAUUUGCCAUAUUUGUGCCUUUUCAUUAUCAAGGUUCCCCACCAAGAUGGGACACUUUUUAUAGUGGCUUUCAUUCUCAUGUGACCAUGUCAUGCUAGAGACCUAAAUUUAUAAUUUCAUAGGGUUGAUGACUUUGCAUUACCAAAAUUAUUUCUUUCCUUACAGAUUUCUUCUCUUAAACUUAAGCUGAUCCUGCCUGCAAUGAACUGAACUGUCUGCAGCAUUUUCAUGGUGUAUAUUUAAACAAAAGGGUAGAAAACAUUGAUAUGCUUUUGGUUACGGGUUAGGCUGAGGGAAGGGAAGGGGCUAGCGAGACUCAAACCUAGGUUUCUCGUACAUGCAUGAGAGAAGACCCGAAAUAGUUGAGGGGACUCUUUUCACUACAAAGUUUCAAGUAGGGUGAAGUUGGUUCAACUUUUGUCUUCUUUAGUGCUACUUUUUAUGGUCUUAUGUUUUGAUGGAAUUAUGAUGAUAAAGGGUGGUUUCUGAUCAUUUUCAUGAUGGGAAUUGAUCUAAAAGAAGCUUCACUUAACACUUCUGACAUACUCCAAUCAUCUAAGAAAAAAGACUUGCUCUCUUCUGUCAUGAAGAGAACUAGUGAAUGGAUUAUUUCUCUGGAAAUUUCUAGUGAUGUCACUAUUCAUAUUGGUGAUUCCUCCUUUUCCUUGCACAAGUUCCCAUUAGUGUCAAAAAGUGGAUAUAUAAAGAAAUUGAUAUCAGAAUCCAAAGAUACCAAGGAUUCUGAAGUUUGCAAUAUAGAAAUUCGCGACAUUCCAGGAGGAACAGAAGCGUUUGACCUUGCAACGAAGUUCUGCUAUGGGAUUAACUUUGAGAUAAGUACAGAGAACAUUGCUAUGCUCCGAUGUGUGGCCGAGUUUCUUGAGAUGACAGAGGAUCAUGCAGUAGGAAACCUCGUAGGAAGGACCGAGGCAUACAUAAAUGAAGUAGCAUUAAAGAGUCUUUCUUCCUGUGUUUCGAUUCUGCUUGCAUCAGAAAAUUUGCUUCCUAUGGCAGAACAAGUAAAGUUGGUGAGCCGUUGUGUUGAUGUAAUAGCAUUUCUAGCCUGCAAGGACAGCCAAUUCUCGGGGACUAGUGGGUUGGAAGGUGGGAACUCUUCUUCAUUAGUUCCUCUACAAAGACCCAUUGUGGAGUAUUGGUGGGCAGAAGAUUUAACUGUGCUUAGAAUUGAUAUGUUUCAAAGGAUCCUAAUAGCUAUGAAAGCUAGAGGAUUCAAGCAAUAUGCCCUUGGUCCACUACUUAUGCUUUAUGCUCAAAAGUCUCUUAGAGGUUUGGAGGUGAUUGGUAAGGGGAGGAAGAAACUGGAUCCAAAGCAAGAACAUGAAAAAAGGGUUAUCUUAGAGACCAUAGUGAGCCUUCUUCCAAGGGAAAGAAAUGUAUUAUCAGUAAGUUUCCUGGCCAUGUUGCUUCGUUCUUCUAUAUGGCUUGAGACAACUAUUGCAUGCCGCCUUGAUUUGGAGAAGAGGAUGGCUUUACAACUUGGUCAGGCAGCCGUAGAUGACCUUUUGAUACCUUCAUAUUGUUUCAAUGGGGACACCUUGUUUGAUGUGGAUUCAGUGCUAAGGAUCAUGUCUAACUACCUUGAGAGUGAGGUGGAGGGUAACUAUCUGGGUUAUGGUGCAGGGGAAAAUAAUGUUGCUCCUCAAUCAAAUGACUUGGAAAGAGUCGAAAAAUUGAUGGAGAAUUACCUUACUGAGAUAGCCUCUGAUCGAAACUUGACCGUUUACAAGUUUACUGGUCUAGCUGAGCUUAUUCCUGAACGAGCUCGAGUCAUUGAAGAUGGGAUGUAUAGAGCUAUUGACAUUUUCCUCAAGGCUCAUCCGACUCUGACCGAUCUGGAGAGGAAGAAAGUGUGCAGCUUAAUGGAUUGCCAAAAGCUAUCCCGGCAGGCAUGCGCUCAUGCAGCUCAAAAUGAUCGUUUACCAGUCCAAACAGUCGUUCAAGUCCUCUACUACGAGCAGCAACGCCUACGUGAGAAUAUGAACGAAAAUUCAGGGGUUGAUUUGAACUCCUCUGCAGGCACCAUUAUCCCUACAAAACCUCUCAACUUCUACCCAACCAAUACUAUUCCUUUUGAUGAAUUCGCGAAUCUGAAAAGAGAGAACGAGGGCCUCAAACUCGAGCUUCUUAAACUAAAAGUAAAAUUGAAAGAAAUUGAGAAACCUGUGAAAAUGAUCAAUAAUGGUACAUUUGAAUCAGUUACUAGCAGUCCUGCAAAAAGUGUUACUUCUACUGCUACGAAUACUGAUCAGAAGCUGCAUUUGCUUAGGAAGUCGUUUAUGAAUUCCGUUAAGAAAUUGGGGCGGCUUCUUAUUCCUGCUGAAGGAGUACUUGGACCUGCUUGCCGUGCUAAGGCUAGUAUUAUUCCUGCUGAAGGAGUACUUGGACCUCCUUGCCGUGCUAAGGUUAGUAAAAGUCGUCGUCAUUCUGUCUCAUAGAGCUCUUCUAUGGUUUGAGACUCUUUUUUUGAGUAAUGUACAGUAUAUGCUUAUUUAGCUACUGUAUAUUUUUAUGAUGAAGAUUCAGAAAACUGCCUUUUCUUUUGUUAUACUUUUAAUUGCUGAAUUUUGUUAUAUAUGUUCUGUUAUAUUAUUUUUGUGGAAAGACACAAUAUAAUUGAGUACUUUGCUUGAGAAAACCUCACAAUAUAUUGUAUGUUA